CGGAUAUUUUAUCGAAUUAGGAUAUUAAUAAUAAUUCUUCUUUUAUAUUGCAACAUUUUCGGGAAAUGGCUGAAAAUAACGAAAGAACAGAUAGCAGAGAAGACGAUCUGAAGAGGCGUGCUCAAGAUGAAGUGCUAUCCCCAACAUUUGCUCCGACAAAAUUAAAGUUCCCAAAUCACAUACAGACUGGGAUGGAUGAAAAAUUCCAGCAACUGGCAGACACAAUUUUAAGUAGAAGCAGUGAAAGUGGAGGGAAAAGUCAAGCCCCUUAUGAAAUCCCUGAAUAUCCAAUAGAAGAAAAUGAGAGGAAUUUCUACUUUGAAAAACAACUUAGUUCAAGUCAGCGACAUCAUCCUAGAUUCUUUAACUCCGGGGACCAAACUUCCACAGAUCAUGAAAGAAAUAAUGCUAGUUCUAUUGCCAAAGAGAGUGAGGUGUACCAGAGAUUGUCCUCCACUGAUGCUUAUGACGAGAUCCCCGAAGUCAAGGAGGAAUACGACCUGGCACCUGACUUCCAGAGAAUCCUCAUAGCGGGCCAUGAAAGCAGUGGGGUGCCCAUGCAUGACUUAAAAGAGGCCUCUAAAAGCUUAGUGAAGGCUCUGAUGAUAAGGGAGAAGUUUAUGGCCAUGUCUCACCAAUCUUUUCCUAAGAUCACUGCUCGCUUCCUCCAAAAUCUGGAGGAUAAUGAGGAAUUUCAGGGCAUGAAGGAAGGGUACGGGAAGGGAUCAGAUAUGGAUGGACUAAUACCGUACUUUGAUCGUACAGUUUCGGAUCAUCCAUUUCAUCCCCCCAAAAAGGAGGAUCCAUUUGAUAUAGAAGUCCCAGCAGGGGUUGAGUGUUGUCUGAAAAUGGUGCAGGGUUUGGUGUAUGUGUAUGAAAACAAAGAGGCCAUGGAGAAGGGCGUCCCUCUAGAGCUUCCUUAUGUUCAGCCAAAAACAUUCUUAGCGGAUCAAAACAUUAUGUAUGCUCUAAUCAGUGAUGGACCUCUGAAAUCCUUUUGUUACCGAAGAUUGAGUUAUCUUUCUUCAAAAUACCAGCUUCAUACUCUAAUGAAUGAGUUGAAAGAGUCUGCUGCCCAGAAAGAGGUACCACACAGGGACUUCUACAAUAUCAGGAAGGUGGAUACUCACGUUCAUGCUUCUUCGUGUAUGAAUCAGAAGCAUUUACUAAGGUUUAUCAAGAAAAUGAUGAAGACACGAUCAGAUGAUGUGGUCUGCAAGGACAAAUCAUCAGGAAAAGAAAUGACACUUUCAGAAGUUUGUAGGAGUCUGAAUUUAUCUUCCCACGAGUUAAGUGUGGACAUUCUUGAUGUUCAUGCUGAUCGUAACACCUUCCAUCGAUUUGAUAAGUUCAACGCAAAGUACAAUCCUAUAGGAGAGAGUCGACUGCGAGAAAUCUUCAUCAAAACAGACAAUUACAUCAAUGGAAAAUACUUUGGACAUGUGAUAAAAGAAGUUAUGGAAGAUUUAGAAGAAAGCAAGUACCAGAAUGCAGAGUACCGUCUGUCCAUUUAUGGUCGAUCACGAGACGAGUGGGACAAACUAGCCCGCUGGGCCAUAGCCAAUAAAAUCUACUCAGACAAUGUCCGCUGGAUGAUCCAAAUCCCAAGGCUCUAUGAUAUCUACAAGAGUGCCAAGAUUGUGAAGAAUUUCCAGGAAAUUUUAGAAAAUGUCUUUAUGCCUCUAUUUGAGGUGACUAGAAAUCCCCAGUCACAUCCAGAACUUCACAAGUUCCUUAUGUAUGUGAGUGGAUUUGAUUCCGUGGAUGAUGAGUCUAAGACAGAACAUAUAAAGUUUGACAUGGAGACCCCCCUCCCCCAGGACUGGUGUCAGGACGAGAACCCCCCAUACAGUUAUUAUCUCUUCUUUAUGUAUGCUAACAUCACAGUUCUCAAUCAGUUCAGAAGGGAGCGGGGAUUUCCAACCUUCACCUUGCGACCCCAUUGUGGAGAGGCUGGCAAUGUCACACACUUGGUGGCUGGUUUUAUGCUGGCAGAGAAUAUUUCCCAUGGUCUCGUCCUCAGGAAGGUUCCUGUAUUGCAAUAUUUGUAUUACUUGGCACAUAUUGGCAUAGCUAUGUCACCAUUAAGUAACAACUCACUGUUCCUCAACUACCACCGCAAUCCACUGCCAGAGUACUUCGCUAGGGGCCUUAAUGUCUCCCUCUCCACGGAUGAUCCACUGCAGUUCCACUUCACCAAGGAAGCACUGAUGGAGGAGUACAGUAUAGCAGCCCAGGUGUGGAAGUUAUCGACGUGUGAUAUGUGUGAGAUUGCUAAAAACAGUGUACUGCAAAGUGGAUUUGAACAUGAGGUGAAAAAGCAUUGGCUAGGGCCAAAUUAUACAAAGGAAGGUGUGGCAGGAAAUGAUGUCAGCCGUACCAAUGUUCCAGACAUCCGAGUCGCGUACAGGUACGAGACCUUAGUGGAGGAACUGAAGUGUAUCUGUCGUGGUGCUAAGAUGUAUGACGAGUGUAUGGAUUCAGUGUCUCCCUCAAGUUAAAUAGGCCUCUCGAUCCCAAACCCCUGCUUCCAUAUUCCCUUCCCAUCAUGGGAUUUGUGACUUGCCAGUGAUACUAGAUGAAAGCUUUUUAUUUAUAAUAAUUACGUGUAAUAUUUGUUGUUUAUUCACAAAUUUUAUCAAGUUGGGCAUUUACGUAGUUAUGAAUGCAUUUUUAGUUAUUAGUAUUAGUGGCUUAUUGUAAAAUCAGAAUUUUUAACCAAUGUCUUAAACUUUUAGUGCUAUUUCCCCACUAUAGAUUUAUUGAUUUGUCCUUCCAUUGUACAGUUGUAUUUCUUAAUCAGGUCUGACAGAUUAUGUAAAAAAUAUACUAUUUGUUAUUAAUUGUAUUAUUUGGGAUAGAAAGCAAUCAUUCUUGUGUGCAAUAAAACUUUGAAGAUGAACUUAACGUUUUAAGGUGAUACAUGUACCUCACAUUUUAAAGAAUAACUUCAGGUGUAGCUUUGAUUUCAUAACAGCAUGUUUCUGAAAAUCUGUAGAUUAGUAAUAGAUAAGGAUUUUUCUUUGGUAUUUAAUUUAGUUAUGAGUGACUUAUCUAAUAUGUUCAUUAAACUAUUUUAUGUGUAUUCUAGUCCUUAUUUAUUGUAAAGCAUUCCUGUAUCUUUCAAUUGCAAUUAAACUUGUAAACAUUAUGUAAAAUUAUUUGUGCAUUCUUUUCAUGAAUGUGUAUAAAUUUUAUGAAUUCUAAACAUUUUUUUUAGAAACAUAUGCAUUUUCUUUGAUUUACAAAUGAUGGCUUAAUUUAUGAUAUGUUUGUUUGUUGCUAAAAAUGAAUGACUCCUCUCAAGUCUUUUAUUUACAUGUAUCUGAGAACAUUUGGUUAUUCUGUGACAAAAACCUUACAUGUAUUUUCGCAAGAUAGGUAUUUGGUAUUUAUAAGCAAACAAAUUUUCACAAAUUCUGGGUUUUAUUGUAUAUAUUCUAUACUUACAUGUAUGAAAAUAUAUGCACGAAUGAAAUUUUCGUAAGCAGACCAUCUUGCGUAAAUACGCGAAAAUAAAGUUCUCGUGAAUAGAAAGUAAUUUUACAGUUAUCCAAAGUAAUGUCACACAUACAAUAAAAUCUUAAAUGAUAAGUCAUCAAAAAGUGUACUUAUCUUAUUCUGUUAUAUAUAAUAUUUUUUAAAAUAUUAAGAUUAACACAUAGGAUUCAUGUGAUAAAUAUGUUACGGACAUCUUUUUGAUGUUACUUUUUGGAGGUUAUUUUCAGUUCAUCCACAAAUCAACACACACAUCUAACUUUCCAUGCCUUUAUAUAAUCUUCAAUGGCUCUGUGCUGAUAAACAUCUGGCUUUGAGUUUUCUUAAAAAAUUAUUUGAAUUGUCCAAAGUUUUUUCCAUUUUCAUUCCAUUGUGCAAAGAUUUUCUCAAUGUAGCAUCAGAUUCAAUAGUAAGUGAAGUUAGGUUGACUGAUCAAAUAGUAACUUCUUCCUGCUCUGUUGAAAUAUUGAAAAGUUUGAAACCUGAUAAAAUGUCAAUACAUAACAUCAAACAGUUUACUAAAGAUAAGAGUAAUAGUUAAUUUUAUAUAUAAGGUACUAGUACAUGUAGAUAAAAUUGUUACAUUGAAUACUUUUAUAAAUGGAGAUCAAGAGAUAAACAGAUGCGAGGAAGAAAAAUAAGCAUGGAGGAUCAGUCAAUCUUUAGCGUCACUAACUGUAGAAUCCGAAGCUACCCAAGAUCUACACACAGUAGAGUGAAAAUGAAGUUUGGAAUAGUUGAAAUAAUUUUAAUAAAAAGCUCAGUGUAAGAUGUUUUGGUGCAAGCCACAGUGUGGAUUACUAAAAAGCAUCAAAAUAAAAGGUUUGUCAGAAAUAAGAUGGAUUCAUGGAUGAACUAAAAAAGAGUUUGGAAAAGUUGCAUUAUGAGAAUGCCAGUAGUUGUAAUUAUAUAUUUAAAGUGUUAUAGAUAUCUGAAUGAAAUUUUCAGGUAACAGUGAAAAUAAUUAGGCAUUAGCAAAUAAAAUUUUGUUGAUUACUUUCUUUUGUUACAGAUUUUAUAGCACUGGAGACAUUACUUUAGUAUCAACACUCGACAUACAUGUAUGUAUGGCUUUAUGGUGGGAAAAGCUAUUGUUUAUGAUUGUUAUUGUCUGAAUCUCCGAAACUACAUGUCUAAAAUGAAAUGAAUGUUAGCUAAAUUGUACAAGUUGUUAUACUCCAUAUUCUUUUUUUUCUCAAGCUCUAUCUUGCACUAUUUUAGCUGUAAUGUAGAAAAUUUUAUAUGUCAUGCCUUAAUUAAUUUAAAAAAAUAAAUAAAUUUCACUGUGCAUUUGUUUAUACAUGUCUAAUACCAGUAUGACCUGACCAUGCUUGCCUAAUAAUUUGUCAGAAUAAGAGUAAUUAUUUUGACAAAUUUAUUUGAUGUUAUUUUGACAAAAUUCAUUUAAUAUGUGUAAGAGACUGUUUCACCUUUUAGUGCUUUGAUUUUCAAUGUAUUUACAUGCAGUGCUACAUGCUCUACAUAUGUUACAUAAUAUCAGUUUGUGUUGCAUAGAUGUCUUAUUAAAGUGUCUUUACUGCAAUCUGAAAA